UAGAAAAGUAGCUUUGUUUUUUCUGUAAUUAUAAUUAAAUAUUCAAACAUAUUUCAUUGCAAAGCAAAAAUCACCUUUAACGUAAUAGGCUAACGGGUUUUCCCGCGUCCCAUUUGAAUGGUUGCGUAAUGUAAGCACAGGGUUGAAAAUACGUAAGACGAUGACGAAAGCACGAAAGGACGAAAAAAUACCAAAAGAGAAGAAGAAGCACGAAGCAGAGCAAAAAAAAAACACAUGCUAGCGCAAAAUCGAUGAAUAAACGUUAAAAGCGAACACCGAAAAAGGAAAAGUGCAGCGUGCUCAACAAAAAGUUAACAGAAAAUAUUCAAGGAACCGCCUACGAGGUUUUCCCAGGUUCCAAUAAGUGUAGAGGGCGGCAGAACGAGCAAGUUGCAGAACAGUAAAAGCAACAGAAAUGGGAAUUACGGAAGCGGCAACACCAACAACAACCGGAAUGGGAGCGGCAAACAAUGGGGCAUCCGCUGCGGAGGGCAAACAAAUCCUGUCCCUGGAAAUGUUCCAGGACAUUUUCAAGCACGCGGAACCAGACGUCCAAAUCGAUGCCUUUGAGCUGGCCCAGGGCUCCGACCGGGGCGACAACUACACGGCCGCCUUAUACCGCAUCAAUCUUAGUGGUAAGCGGCAGGGGCUCGACGGGUGCCAUCACGAGUGGGAGCUGAACGUCAUCUGCAAGGUGAUGCCGGAGAGUGUAGUGCAGAGGGAAGCCUACAAGAGCGACAAGCUCUUCCGUAACGAGGUGCAAUUUUACACCACCAUUAUGCCCGAGCUACUAAAGUUCCAGGCCAGCAAAACAGGCCGGGACAUGCCAGCGUUCAACGCCAUUCCCAAGUGCUACACGGCCAGGCACGACCUGCUCAUUAUGGAGGACCUUCGCGAACGAGGCUUUCAAAUGUCUGACCGCCACAAAGGCCUUAGUAUGGAGGAAACACAGUCCGUCCUGCUUCAGGUGGCGCAGCUGCACGCCCUCAGUUUGGCGUACAAGUUCGAGCAUCCACUGGACUUCAGCAAGCUGUGCAGCCUGAUCAGUGAGGGAAUCUUCUGUACGGCCAACACAAGUUGGUAUCGAAACUACUACGAGCGGCUGACGAAGAACGCCAUUAAGAUGGUGUCCGAGGUGCUGCCCCCAGACUCCAAGUACGUUUUGGCAAUUAACAAUUUUGCCGAGAGCUCCUCAUUCUUUGGUCGCAUGGUGCAGUUGGCUAGCGCCGAAUCGCCGCUGUCAGCCAUCUGCCAUGGGGAUUGUUGGGUGAACAACUUUCUGUACCACUACGAUCCGGAGGAUCCGCAACGAGUGCUGGAGGUGGCCCUGCUCGACUUUCAGCUGAUACGAUACAGCUCCAUUGCCCUGGACAUUGCCAACCUGCUCUACUGCUGCACCACAAAGGAAAUGCGGGAUGCCGAGCUUCAGACGCUGCUCAACACAUAUACAGAAGAGUUAUUCCGGUGGCUACAAAUACUGUGCACACGGCUACCGGACCACUGUGACACGCUAGAGAAGCUGCAGGAUCUGUUUGCCGAAGAGCUGAAGACCUACGGCCGUUUUGCUCUAGGCCUGGCCAUGGACAUUAUACCAAUAAGCACCUGCUCCUCCGAGGAUGCCCCGGAUAUGUAUCUGAAGCGCAGCGGAGACGAUCUUGAAGAGGAUGUAGGUGCGCCCACGCUCAACUUUCCACCCAACGAUCUGUGCCGCCAAAAGAUGUCCGAAAUAGUCAUCGAUAUGGUCGAUCGGGAUAUGCUCUAAUCUACAGUGCAACCCGAAGCAAGAAGGAAUGCGUGCUGUCUGCCAAAACACCAAUUAACAAUAACAAAAGCUCAGAUAGCGUGCUGCUCAAGAGCUGAUGAUACUCACUUAAUCCUUAGUUCUUAUGCAAGCUAGUAAAUAUUAUCCUUAGAUUAGCAGACUUGAUA